AUGAAGCUCUUGGUCCUGCUGCUUUGCAGCCUCCUGGUGUGGAGGGUGGGUGAGACGAGGUCGGAUGCUCCAGAAAAGUUGUCCCCGCUGGCUCCGGGAGCUCUCAGCACGAAGGAGACCUUCCUGGUGCUCUCACUGCACAACAAGUUGAGGAGCAAAGUGCAGCCUCCUGCUGCCAACAUGCAGAAGCUGGAGUGGAGCGAGGAGCUGGGGCAGUUGGCAGGGGCACGGGCAGCCAGCUGCCUGGAGGGCCCUGCUCCACCACCAGCCCCACAGCUGGGCUGGAGCGAGGUCCUGCUGCCGGCGGGCGCCGGAGGCUUCGGGGCCGUGCUGGAGCUCUGGUUUGCUGAGGGACAGCGCUAUGACUACAGGACGGGGCGCUGCAGCAGCAAUGCCACCUGCAGCCAUUACACCCAGCUGGUGUGGGCCACAGCGGGACAGCUGGGCUGCGGCCGGCACCGCUGCCCCGGCCCCCACGGAUCCAGCGAGGCCUUCGCCUGCGCCUACUCGCCAGGGGGCAACUGGGAGGUGGCCGGGAUGCCCAUCCUGCCCUACAAGCAGGGACCCUGGUGCUCCCUCUGCACUGCUGGCCUCUCCGGCUGCUUCAAGUCCUGGGACCACAGUGGCGGGCUCUGCGAGGUGCCCAGGAACCCCUGUCGCAUGAGCUGCAGGAACAGUGGGCACCUCGACAUGAGCAGCUGCCAGUGCACCUGUCCCCCCGGCUACACGGGCAGGUACUGCCAAGUGAGGUGCAGCGGGCAGUGCCUCCACGGAAGGUUCAGGAAGGAGGAGUGCUCCUGCCUCUGCGACGCGGGCUACGGUGGAGCUGAGUGCGGCACAAAGAUCCAUUUCCCCUUCCAUGCCUGUGACGUGCGGAUAGACAGCGACUGCUUCAUGGUGUCCCCUGAAGCCGACACCUACUAUGGUGCCAAAAUUAAAUGCCAGGAGAAAGGAGCGAUGCUGGCCCAGAUAAGAAGCCAGAAGGUUCAGGACAUCCUGGCUUUCUAUCUCAGCCGCUUGGAGAUGGGUAACAGGGUGACAGACACUGAUUUUGAGACUGGAAACUUCUGGAUUGGUCUCACCUACAAGACAUCCAAGUCUUCCUUCCGCUGGGAUGUGGGUGAGCCAUCCUCAUUCACCAGCUUCGCUUUUGGGCAGCCAGACAACCAGGGGUUUGGGAACUGUGUGGAAAUGCAAGCAUCAGCUGCCUUCAACUGGAAUGACCAGCGCUGCAAGACCCGAAACCGGUACAUCUGCCAGUUCGCCCAGGAACACAUCGCCCUGUGGCAGCGGGACCCCUGAGCUGGUAGCCCUGGGAACUGGCCAGCGCUGGCUGCUGUGCUGAACCUGUGGCUCAGGAGAACCCUGGUGCUGUGCCAAGCCCAGACCAUGGCUCAGGAGGAUCUCUCCACAGCUCACUUGUGCAGGGAAUGAGGGGCUGAGGGGACCCAUGGCACUGCGACCUGGCAAGAAAGGGCGUGCUGUAUAUGACCAUCCCUGAAACAGCAUCUUCUUCUGCCCCUCAUCUUCCUCUGUCACUAGCACUCUGCAACACUCUGGGCAGGAGACGUCCCUUGCAACAGCCAGGUACAAAAGCAUUCUCCUCCAAAAUUGGCAGCUAGGCUGUGUCUGGAUGGUAAUCUCAGUGUGACGAGGGGCCACGGGGACUCUUUGGGGGUGCAGACCUUGGCACAGCUCAGGGUGAGGACUGGGCUUGGCUCUGAGCCAUCGUCCUGACCUGGUUGAGAAUGCCCCAGCCUGGUGGGUUUCUCACCAUCACCUGGUCCUUCAUCGUCUGCCCGCUCAUUAAU